AGUAAGUAAGGGAUUGCGAGCACUUUUGAUCACGUCAAAAGACCGACAAUCGCCCCAUUGGCUCGUAUCAAGACAGCCUCACCUUGAGUGUACAUAUCACUAUAUGUAUCAGUGUCCGCUAUGUCUAGAUAUUGUAUACUGUAUUGUAUACGAUAUAAUACGUAUACAGUGUUAUAUCAGUGCAUAACAAGAGAAGUUCGUUGAAAUGCGGGCCAUACAAACGAUAACGUUACACAGUUACAUGAUGGAUAGAGCAUGAAUCUGAUAAACUCUAUGAAUUAAGAGAGGGAAAGAGAAAGUUGUCGGAAGUUCUCGUUUGUGUGCGAUACAUAGCCUGCGUCAUUUCAACGUUAUAUACUGAGAAAAGUCCACAAUACUCCAUCAGUUACGAAGUGUAGUGGCAUUGCAAUCUAUCAAGUUUGGAGUUCUUCCCCCUUCCUUCUUUUUGAUCAAAUGUCGAUGAUUUAGAGAUGUUUUGAAUAUCAAAUAGAGAUAUGUAAGUGGGUAUAAAAUGAUAUUUCCAUGGUUGAUCAGAGAUGGUCUGCAAGUUGUAGACUUAUUUGCAAUAUGAAUUGUGUUAAUAUGACAAUUAGAGUAUACUUUGGUACAGUUAUACUGCCAAGACCACAAAGCAGAAAUAUAUCUGGUUUUAUGGUUUAGAAUAUCGACCUAUAUCUGAUUCUAAUAACCAUAGUUUUUCAAUGGAAUUACAAUUAUCAACUACAGCUAAAUGUAGCUGUUUAGGUCUAGGAAGAACUAAGAGUCCAGUACAUCCUGAAUAUGCUAGUUACGAUGCUAGACUACACACAUUUGCAACAUGGCCAAAAUCUAUACCACAAAGGAAGGAACAGUUAGCAGAUGCAGGCUUUUACUAUAUUGGAAAAGGUGAUCAAACUUUCUGUUAUUACUGUGGAGUUGGUUUAAAAGAUUGGGAACCAGAAAAUGAUCCUUGGGAGCAGCAUGCAAAGUGGUUUUCUAAAUGCUGCUAUUUAUUAAUGGUUCAAGGACAAGAUUAUGUAAAUAAAAUAACAGGUCAGGAUAUAUCUCCACUUUUUAAAGAAGAAACAGUGCAAAUUGAAGGUGCAGACUCUGUAAUAUCCAAUGAUAAAAGUAAUACCGAUAAAAAGGCUAACUUAAAGGAAAUUAUAGCUUUGAAAGAAGAAAAUAGGAAAUUAAAAGAAGCUCGUUUAUGUAAAAUUUGCAUGGAUCAAGAAAUAGCAAUUGUAUUUUUACCUUGCGGACAUUUAGCAACUUGUGCUUACUGUGCAUCAUCUCUUACAUAUUGCCUAAUGUGUCGACAAGAAAUUAAAGCCACUGUUCGUACAUUUCUAUCAUAAAUCGAAUAAUAAAAUAUUAAUUGCUGUA